GCCACAAAGACAAGAGAAAAUAAAAUGUUAGCCACUUAGCAAAGAUGGCGAGAAGCUAACCGUUAUCAUCACUUCCUGAAGACGCUUUAGGGUUUAUUUCUUCUUUCUUUUUUAUUAGUUUGUUUGUUUUACAAUAGUUACAUUAAUUCAACAUUGUCAUCUCAUUUCAGAACAUUUUUGUGCCUUAUUAAACGAGUAAUUAUUUACAUGUAAUUUAUUAUUAAGAAGGAAAAGAAAACAGGUUUCCGGUCUUUUUACAAAACUGUGAAAUUGACACAAGUCUCGUGCGUGUGCGUGUGUGGGACACUCCUCUGUCAGCAUGGAGAACACACCUUAGUGCAGACUAAGACUACACACCAUUUCAGUUUUGGAUUAUGGAUUCAUCAACUAACAGUUUAGACGAUGUGUCGGCAGACGGGAGCGCCGACUUCCAGGACCGGACCUCCGUGAUGGAGGGCCGUCUGCAGGCUCAGGAGGAAGAGAUCACUCUGCUGAAAUCCUCGCUGGCUGACGCCCUGCGAAGGAUCCGUAUUCACGACCAGCUCAUCCCGUUACUAAAGCAGCAGCUCAUUGCAGUGAACCCAGGUGCUGCGCGAGUUCUGAACCAGGUCUGCUGCUCGGAUGGAUGCUCCGGUAGUGGGAAACUAUCAGCCUUUGAUGGGAUUCGCCACCCUGCCUCUGCUACCAGCCAACUGUCAGGCAGCAUUGUGAGCAGUGCUAACGGACACGUAGAAAACCUCCAAACCAGACCAGCAACACAGGACAGGUCAACUCAGACAGAGACCCCCCUCUUCAUCCAAGAUGGCAGCCAGGCCAAGAUCCCUCUGUCGAGACGUGCCCAGAGCCUGCACCUCGAGGAUGCCCUCCCUCCAGAGCAGCCUGCGGCCAAGCUCCGCCGCAUCCCUGGUAUGGAGGAGGAUGACGAGGACCAGGAGGAAGAUGAAGAAGGAGGAGGAGAGCAAGAAAAGGAGCUGACUUGGACGUCUUCGGUGGAGGAGCCAAUCCAGCCAACCACAAUCAGAGGUCUCCAGAGGGAGGACUCCCAGGAUGGAAGCUGUUCCCCAGAUGAGCCCAGCUCCACCCAGGCCUCCACCAGCUCCCGCUCUGGGCUCCUGUCCCCCAUCCAGGAAGGAGAGAAGACGCUGGUCCGUAGGAACAGUGAGAAGCUGGGGAACCCAGACAGGCAGAGGAAACGUCUGGACAAGAAGGCGGCGUCCUCGGCCAACCUCCUCACCCGCUCCCCGAGCCUGGAGAACCGGGCGAAGGAGCUGAUCUCCUCUGCAGGCUCUCCUGGCUCCCGAAGAGGAACUUACAGCCAAGGACAGUCCAUCAAAAUGUUCAUCCGCGGCCGGCCCAUCACCAUGUACGUCCCUUCCAACAUACAGAACUACGAGGACCUGAAGAUGGAGCCUCCCUCCGAUAAAUUGGAGCUGGACUGGGUCUACGGUUACCGAGGACGGGACUGUCGGGCCAAUCUGUACUUCCUUCCUACGGGCGAGGCGGUGUACUUCAUCGCCUGCGUCAUUGUUCUAUAUCACAUCAACAAGCGCACACAGCGUCACUAUCGCAAACACACAGAUUGCGUCCGCUGCCUCACUCUUCAUCCUGACAAGGUCCGAGUGGCGUCGGGUCAGACAGCAGGCGUGGACAAAGACGGCAAGCCUCUGCAGCCAUGUGUUUACAUCUGGGACUCCAACACUCUGGUCACCUUGCAACAAAUUGGCCUGGGAACCUUCCAGAGGGGAGUGGGCUCAGUGGCCUUUUCUUUUGCUGAUUCUGGCUUGUUCCUGUCUGUAAUCGACGACUCUAAUGAGCACAUGCUGUCGGUGUGGGACUGCAGCAAGGGGACCAAGCUAGCCGAGAUCAAGAGUACCAACGAGGCAGUGUUUGCUGUGGACUUUAACCCCAGUGACAGCAGCAUCAUCAUCACCUGUGGGAAAUCCCAUGUCUACUUCUGGACGCUCAGCGCAGGACAGUUCACCAAAAAGCAAGGCAUCUUUGGAAAAUACAAGAAGCCCAAGUUCAUCCAGUGCUUUGUGUUCAGCCUGACUGGAGAUGUUCUGACCGGAGACUCUGAAGGGAACAUCCUGACGUGGGGAAAAUCAGCUGCAGAUGUCAAAACUCUCGGUAAAGGAGCCAAAGAGACCUACCAGAUCAUGAGGCAGACCAGGGCCCACGAAGGCAGCGUCUUUACCCUCGUCACCCUGCAGGGCGGCGCUUUGCUCAGCGGAGGAGGGAAGGACCGUAAGAUCAUCCGCUGGAGCGCCGACCUGGCACCUGAAAGAGAGUGUGAGAUUCCAGAAAAGUUUGGGGCGGUGCGCACCAUUGCAGACGUGGAUGACGAGGAGCUGCUGGUCGGUACAACCCGGAAUGCCAUCCUUAGAGGAACCUUCUCAGACGGGUUCGUGGCCAUAGUUCAGGGCCACGUAGACGAGAUGUGGGGUCUAUCCACUCACCCCUCUCAGAACAUCUUCCUCACCUGUGGUCAUGACCGGCAGGUGUGUUUGUGGAACACGGAGGAACACAAGCUGGACUGGUGCAUCUCCCUGGAGGAGUAUGGGUUGUGUGCCGACUUCUGCCCCAGUGGAUCCGUAGUUUCGGUCGGUCUGAGCACAGGAAGGUGGGUGGUUCUGGACCUGCUGACCAAGGAGGUGGUCUCUGAGUCCACUGAUGGGAACGAGCAGCUGUCUGUCAUGAGAUACUCACCAGACGGGAGCUUUCUGGCUGUCGGAUCUCACGACAACUUCAUCUAUAUCUAUAGUGUGACGGAGAGCGGCCGCCGCUACACCCGCUUCGGGAAGUGUAAUGGACACUCCAGCUUCAUAACUCACCUUGACUGGUCCACCGAUGGGAAGUACAUCAUGUCCAAUUCAGGCGACUACGAGAUCCUUUACUGGGACAUCGCUGCAGGAUGUAAGCUGCUGAGGAACAGAUUUGAGAGCAGAGACAGAGAAUGGGCCUCCUACACUUGUGUCCUGGGUUUCCACGUCAUUGGAGUGUGGCUGGAGGGCUCUGAUGGUACAGACAUCAACGCAUUGUGUCGCUCCCACAGUGAGAGGGUGGUGGCUGUGGCCGAUGACUUCUGCAAGAUCCACCUCUUCCAGUAUCCCUGUCCCAAACCCAAGGCACCAAGCCACAGGUACGACGGCCACGGCAGCCACGUCACCAACGUCUGCUUCACCCACAACGACUCUCACCUCCUCUCCAUGGGUGGAAAGGACACCUGCAUCCUCCAGUGGAAGAUGAUUGGUGGCGGGGUGGGAGACAGCGGAGAGAGGAUGGCUUCGGCCUCGUCCACCUCCACCAGCUCUCCAGAACUGGCUUCCAGCUAGAAGCGGCUGCUGUUGCCCACAGUGAGCGGAGGGGGGCCAGUUUCCUCACAGCAGCAGAGGUAGAAGUCGUUUAGGGGCUUCGUUCGACCCUGGCAGGGGGACGUCUGCGUUAAUGUUAACCUUUAAUCAUGUUAAGCCCCCGAGAGACGGAGCGGUAACAGUCUGGAGACCGUUACAAGAAGUUUGUUGGAGCAGAACACAACUCUGGUCAUGACUUUGGUUUUCUGUGAACUCUUCUGUUUUACUCUCCCGUUUAGCUCAUUUACCAAAGUAUUGCCUUGUGGCCACUGUGCCUACAGAGAUGUUCCCACAUGUCUGCUGAUGUCUUUAACAGGGUUUGUAGAUGUCUCAGUUCAGAUUUUAAUUCAUACUUUAGGUAACACUGUGAAAAUAUAAACUCUGCAUCUCUGACUAAAUCAUUCUUCUGACUUUAUCUCUGUAAACUUGAAAAUCAUGACUUUUAGUAGAGUUUUGUACAUAUUUAAAAUAUGUUGACAGUAUAUUGAUUUUGUAUCAAGCUUUCAAUAAAAAAGUGAAGACUG